GCGGGUUGUUGGAAGUAUUGCUGGCUUCUUAGUCUGCCAGUAGAGGGUUUUUUUACACGCUAAAGUAGGGAUGAUUAGCGUUGAACCCGUUAUUGUUUAGUGCAAGUAUGCGACUUUUUUAGUUUUUUUGUGUGUGUAAAUGACAGAAGAACAAUCGUCCCAGACGUUUUGAAGAAACGCAGGAAUUAAAAGUCUUCCCCUUCAAGCUGCCACCAUGACCUCGGCACAGUCGGUGCACUUCCUGGUGGAGGUGUUCAGCGGAAAGGCGCAGGAACUCAUCACCGAGAUCACAGAUGUCCACAUGGUUUGGCUGGAAGAGAUCCAACAAGAAGCAAAUCGCAUGUUCUCUAGGGAUUUUGUUAAUGUGCUGGAAUUGAUGCCAAAAACGCCGUCGCAGAAAAGGAACACACGCAAGAAGCGCAUAUCUUUGGGGCGCCAAGAGGAAGGUCAAGCAAGGAGACGAUUGUCGAGAGGAAAGCGUAGCAAUCUUCGUAAAUCAUGCGUUAAGUCCCUGAACUUGAUCCCUGAAGAAGAAUCAAUCGCGGAAGCUUCAGCCUCGAAGGCCGGGAACGCAGCGCGACCAAAACGAGCCACUCGUAAAAACAGACAGACGAAGGCUGAAGACGAGGGCCUGUCAUCUAGUGACAGCGUUAAACAAAAGGAGGAGGACGAGAAGCCAUCGCUGGCUGAAGGAGUGGAUGAAGUGGACCAAAGUAAAACAGGGAAUGAUGCAGGAAUCAAAUCGGAUGACACGGGCCGCACCUCUCCCUCUCCUCCAAAGACACUUUCACCCAAGUUAGUCGUCAGCAUCUCAGCAGAGGAGCGCUUGUCUGCCGAACUCGCCAAGAAGCCAGAGGCCACUGCAGGCAGUGCGGCUACAGAUGUGGCAACGGAUAAAGCGGUGCGAAGGUCGAGGCGGAGCUCUGUACGGUGCUCGCUCAAACUGCGGCACUCGUUGGCCGGUCUUCGGCACAGCAUGACCCAGGAAGCUGUUCGCCGCGCAUCGCGCCGCUCUAUGCUUAAGAGGAUGUCGAUUCGCAUGGGCAGCUCCACAAGCAGCAGCAGCAAUGUUGGUGGAGGUGACUCUUCCCUGGAUUCUACUGGUGUGGACGGCGGAGAAGUCCAAACGGAUGCAUUAACUGCAGAUGUCAUGGAUCAUGUGCCUGGUGAAGCAACGGAAGCUAUAGAUGAAGAUCCUGAACUGGCAAAGGAAACUGUAGAUAUUGUACCUGAAGCGUCAGAGCCUCAGGCCAAUUUCAAGGUCCCCGUGUCUACUGAGCGCGUUACCCGCUCUGUGGCAGCUAAUUCUCCAAAACUGUCACCUCCUCCACUGUUUUUCUCUGAGAUAAAAACUACCGUUCCUGUCCAAAAACCUGUAGGCGCUGAUAAGAAACCGAUGAAGGUAGUUCGAAGAACGAGCCUCAGUACGAAACGGAAAGCCCCGGAUACGGUGGAGGACAGCCCCUCGAAGCGGUUCUCUCCACCAAAGAAAAGCCAAAGUGCAGUCAAACCAAACAUGAGAUCUUUUCUUCACACUGUCAAUAAAAAUCAAAUGCUGAUGAUGACUCCUACCUCCCUUGGCCGAACUGCUGUGGUGAAAUCUUUCAUCAAACAUGGCACUCCUCUGAGAAUUGACCCUAAAAUAAACACGGGUACUGUGACAAAAGAGCGUUACAAGCUUGAAGCACUAAGAAAAAAGCAGGAACAAGAGGAAGAAAGGAUGAAGAAAAUGGAGGAAGAGAAGAAGAAAAAACAGGAAGAACUGAGAAGGAAGAGGGAGGAGAGGAUAAGAAGAGUGUUUGAGGCCAAAGUAAAGGAAGAGCAGCGGGAAGAAGAAAAGAAAAAAAAGAUUGAACAGAAGAUGGCUCACAUUGAGAAGAAUGACAAACGCCAGGCUGAGGAGAAGGCUAAGAAGAGGGUGGUGGCAGGGAAGCGUCAAGAAGAGCUGGAGCAAAAGAAAAAGUUAGAAGAAGAAGCAGCCAGAAAGAAAAAGAUUCAGCAGGAGGAAGAGAAACGAGAGCAGGAGCUGGCGGCUAAAAGGAAAGCCGAGGAGGAGGAGGAGCAAGCUCGCAAAGAACUGGAGCUCAAGAAGGAGCAGGAGCGGGAAAGGGAGCGAAAACUGGAGCGUGAACGGCAAGCUGCUGCUGAAAGAGAACGAGUGGAAAAAGAAAAGGCUCUUGCUCUACGGCGUGAACUGGAGAGGGCAGCCAAAGAGAGAGAAGUGAGAGAGCUGGAGCAGAGAAGGAAAGCUUUGGAAGAAAAAAGGAAACUGGAGGAGCAGCAGAGGCUGGCUGUGAAAGAGAAGGAAGAAGCAAGACAGAGAGAAGCUGCUGCCAAAAUUGCUGCUAAUGCACAGCAUUCUGCUGACCUAUGGAAUAAAACUGUUGAUAUUGAGCAAUCUGUAAUGAAGACCCCUCUAGGAAAGGGAAAUCUAAAUGUUACUGUGGAUUUACAGCCGGAAAUGUCUCCUCAGUCAUAUGCCAUCACCCCUAAAGGUGGGGAUAAGAACAUGAUCAUUUCAAAGAACCAAGACAAUUAUGGGAUGGAUCAGAACAGCGAUGAUUCUACAGACGACGAGUCUGCCCCGAGAAAACCGAUUCCCUCCUGGGCCGAAGGUGCCAAUCUGAAACAGCUGAUUAUUAGGCAGUACUUCAAACCACCUGAUUUGGAUUCUUUCUUUGGACCUAUUGAGCCACCCAGACUGGAGAGCAUAUUCUACAAAAGCAAACCUCGAUACUUUAAACGCACCAGCUCUGCAGUGUGGCACUCGCCUCCAGGAGCCAAGUGAAAUCUCUACACCGAUACAGUCAUGGUGCUGUACACUGCUGUAUAAAGUUUAUAUUUUUGACUUUCAAAUAAAGUUUGUGCUUUUCAUGUUUUUAUUUGUUUUUUUGUAAUCAGAAAACAUGUAAAACUGAAGAUUUUCUGCUAAUUUGUGUUUCUUGCAUAGGGGAAAACAUGUACAGUAGAGGUAAUGUUUGAGUUUAUUCUGUAGGUUUGCAUUUUUUUUUUCCUGACUUGUUUCUUAGCAAUUAUUUUAUUCAAAGCUUGUGGUAAAACGGUCGUUUCUAAGUUCUUAAAAAAAUGUCCUCCCCUUUUUAUUUGAAUUAAAUGAAUAAAUGCUUUGAGAAAACAGCCAAA